UGUUCGUUUGUAGGUCUACUCGGAGGGCGUGUCACGCAAAAAAACGUAUCCGUUAGCACGAUAUGUUAUCCAAAGAUGCGAAAGUGGCCACAUUGAUCGCGUUGAACCUUUUGUAUCGUUAUCAGUGAGCUCAGUGAGGCAGGACACUACGGAACUUGACACAAAGGCUCAUUUACUCGGACUAUCGAAGUGGUACUUUGUUGCACACUCUCAACAUGGACGCUAGAUUCAUGCCACUGCAAGCAGAAAAAGAGGACGAUGACGGGCUGGACACUAAAGAGCCAAGGUACAGAUGCUGUCGGGGGGCUUGGGCAGUAAUAUCGCUGGUGCUGUUUGCUUCAAGCCUUGUCGCAGAUGCGCAUCUUAGCUAUCAAUAUGGCCUCAAUAGCCAUUACGCAUACUGCUCCAUCACGCUCGCCAUCCUUAUUGUACCGACUGUCACUUUAAAUGUGUUGAGUUUCGGCUGGCACAAACAGGAUGGUGGAACCUCGUCAGCUACCAUAAUUGCAGCUCUGAUUCAGCUAGGGAUGUUUCACAGGCACUGCCAGGUUUUAUGGCUGAGCAUCGGAAAGGUGUCUAAGAAUCUGGAAGCUCUUCAUACAAUGGAGAAGAAAACGGCAGAUUUACGCCUGCUGCACCUGUACGAGGUUUUUCUCAAGUCGGCACUUCAGAUAUCAUUUCAGAUUUACCUGAUCUACGACACUGAUGCCUGGAACAAGUUCACAGUUGUUUCAGUGUCUCUGUCUUUCCUGUCACUGUGUUGGGCAGUCAUCGAGUAUGACGUCGCUACGUGGAGAUUGAAGCACAAGAACAAGACAGAGUUAGUCUGCAGCAUGAUCAUUCAUGAACUUGGAAGGGUUAUUGUUGUGCUGUCACGCAUUGUAGCCAUGGCUAUGAUGAUGAUCGCUGAUGACGGAAAUGCUCCCUUCAUAUUUAUUGCGAACUAUGCCCUCACGCUUGUGUUUGUCAUACUGAUGAACAAAGUCGAAGCAAUUCUUCCGUCUGAAGGCUGGAUGUGCUGGAUCCACCACAUUACAGCGACCGCUGCCUUUAACUUCUCAUUCAUCGAUGUUGGUGACUCGUCAUUCCGGACACUGCGUAUCCUCGUGUAUGCGAACGGCAUGCUUCAAAAUGGAGAAUGUGUCUCGGAAUUCUUCCACGAGAGGCUGAACCAUGGUGCCCAAUUGCAUGCUUAUGUUGGUUGGGGAGUGCUAGUAAGCUUUGCAGUUGGUGCCGGUUUGAUAUGGCUGUGUUUGUGGAAGGGAGAAAUGCUACCCGGACAUUGUUACUUGUUUCCAAACAAGGAAACAACAGACUCCGAGGAACUGGGUAUUCAGGUGUCCGAGACGACUGCGAAGCGUCACUCCGCAGAAGCUGGCCUAAGAAUGAGGGUGGCCUGCCACAAGCCUCUGCUGCAAAAACCAAACCAUGCGAAAUGGCUGCAAUUUGCAAGGGACCACGAACCAUGGACCACUUCUGACUGGGAGAAGGUUGUUUUCACCGGCGACACCUCAUUCACGACCAGGUGGAACCUGAGGCAAGAAGCGUGGCGUCCAGAAAACAGUCGUUACAGCCCCAAAUACCCCCUGGAAGUGGCGGCAAGUGACCGUUCAGCAGUGUUCGUGUGGGGUCUUGUGACCAAAGAAGGACUUGGUCCGCUAGUCCUCAUAAAGGACACAUACACAUCUGAGUGCUACUGCUCGAUCCUGGACGACGUGAUGGUGCCUUACUUGUCCGAAGGUCCAUUCCCAGAAGGCGAUUACAUCUUACAGCAAAACAACUCGCCUGUUCACAGAUCCCGAAAGGUAACAACGUUUUUAGAGAAUCGUGGCAUCAACAUCCUCAGCUGGCCACCCCAGUCGCCAGACCUUAACAUCAUAGAGAGUGUGUGGGACCUCAUGAAAACUGCACUACAGAGUCGGUCUCUACACGGAGUCUCUGCUGACGAUCUCUGGGAAGCCAUAAACGAGGAGUGGGAGCGGCUGAGAAGCGACAGGUCACUGACAGCUGACUUGUAUAACUCGCUGCCUUCAAUAAUGGCAGCUGUUGUCACAGCAAAUGAGGAAGCUACAAGGUAAGACAGUUCGCUUUGAUGAGCUUCCUACUUUUCCGAAGCGAAGUUGGAUUGAUGGAACAAGCUUUCCAGGUCCCCGAUUUCAAGACACCGCACCUCAAGACCGACGAAACAACAGGGCCUAUGCACGUUCGCUUGCGGAUGGCUCCUUUAGCACUACCCAUAUACGGCCGGCGCGUCGAUGGGGGCACUGGAAGCUGCCUUUUUUGCAGUGCCGCCUGAGCAGAGUCUGACGUCCUGCUGUGGUGGGGGAGAAAUGUGCGCCUUCGACUUUGACCGGAACGAUUGCGUUUAGUGGCCGGGCGCACAAAGCUCUCUGUGCAGGCCCCGUUUGCGGAAAGAGCGCACUUUUCAAACACAGAGAAGUAGCAAUUGGCACACUUGUUAGUUCGCACUCAUAUCUGUAACUAUGAUUACGUUUUAUGCAUCGUUCUUGUUUAAACAGCGCAUUAAGUGUCGAGGUGCAAUCGUUGAUAGUUGGCUCUCGUUAUGUGUGGGUUGUUUUCGUGUGUCAUUUGUGCGUGAACAGCGCGCUGCACGUUUCUAUCUGCUCGCCGUCUUCAAUGUCACAUUCCAAGUUUCUACUAUCGCAUUUAUUGUUUCGCCCUUGUGCAGACACUGACUUUUUGUGUUAUCAUAUUGAUAUGUGUCACGGCAUUUUGUGAUCACUAUUUUUAUCUGACAUAUACAUGUAAUAAAAUGUUUGCUAACGUAUGAUA